GAGGGGUGGUGGUUGGGGUAGAGAGGGGAGCCAGGACUCCCGGAGAGCAGACGUCCCAGCAGACGACCCGCCGCCAUGGCCACGCUCGUCUGUACUGCUAACGUUAUAUCCGCUCUCAAGACCUUCUGCAGGAACUACGGCGCCUCUGUGGUUCGUAGUGCACAGGUUUGGCCACAGUAUCCUAAACAAGUUAGAAUUGUUGAAGUUGGUCCUAGAGAUGGAUUACAAAAUGAAAAGGUGCUUGUGCCGACAGAUGUCAAGAUUGAAUUUAUAAAUAGACUUUCCCAGGCUGGCCAUCAAUGUGUGGAAGUAACCAGUUUCGUAUCGCCAAAAUGGGUGCCCCAGUUAGCCGAUCAUGUUGAGGUGAUGCGUGGGAUCAAGAGAGUUCAAGGUGUUUCGUAUCCGGUUCUUACACCAAAUUUAAAAGGCUUUGAAGCUGCUGUUGCAGCAGGCUGUGAGGAAGUAGCUAUUUUUGGGGCAGCGUCAGAGUCAUUUAGUUUAAGGAACAUUAACUGUAGUAUUGCAGAAUCUCUGAAGCGCUUCCAAGAUGUGGUAACGGAAGCGAAUAGACUGGGAAUCCGAGUCAGAGGUUACGUGUCCUGUGUGUGUGGAUGUCCUUAUGAAGGCCCUAUUGACCCCAAGACUGUGGCCAUGGUUGCACAUGCAAUGUAUGAGAUGGGGUGCUAUGAGAUCUCUCUGGGUGACACCAUCGGUGUAGGGACACCCGGGAGCAUGCGCAGGAUGCUGGAGGAGGUCAUGACACUCUUGCCACCGCACGUCCUCGCUGUUCACUGUCAUGAUACCUAUGGUCAAGCUCUUCCUAAUAUUCUCAUCUCUCUUCAGAUGGGGAUCAGUGUAGUGGAUGCUUCUGUUGCCGGGCUCGGAGGGUGUCCGUAUGCUCAAGGAGCAUCGGGUAAUGUAGCAACUGAGGAUGUUGUGUACAUGCUCAAUGGUCUGCACAUAGAAACUGGUGUUGAUCUAGAUAAACUUAUUGAUGCUGGCAAUUAUAUUUGCAAAGUCCUAAAUCGACCAAAUUUUAGUAAAGUAAGUUGUGCGAAAACAAAGUGUUAAAUGAAAAGGUGUGUUAUCAUAUUUAUUUUUUUAGAUUUUAAUAUUAAAUUAAAUUUUUUUUUAAUGAUAGAAACCAUUUUAUUUAUAUACAAAAUAGACCAUUGUCAAAGCAAUAUUUAAAUGUUGUGGUUUUGUCAUAGCACAGUACUAGUGAUACACAGGUGUAAUGAGGUUCAUCUUUUAAACAAAUUUUAAGGGAAAUGAAUGUCGGGUAAAAGGGUUCAGAUGCCCAUAAACACGAGUUGUGAAUUAUGUUGUGUUUAUUCUUUUAAGUUUUUAUUUGCAGAUAUUUAGUUUUGCUCAAGACUAAAUGAUGUUUUAUGAAAGGCUGUUUAACCUUGAUCAAGACGAAAAUACUUGUAUGGAAGUCAAAGAAUUGAUAUUUCCUAAACUAAUAGAUUUUGUUUUUAGGACUCAUUCACUCCUGACAGUUUCUCCACACAUUCUCGUGUUCUGUAAAGAUGUGAAUGAUUGGUGUUUUGCCUAUGGCUACAAUUAGUUUUUUGUCAGACACUAUUAUCAUCUCAUUUUCCCAUUUCCUUCCUACUUUACCAGUUUUGUAUCUUCGUAAUUCUGUAUCUCGUAAUUCUUCCAUCUAGGCUAGGAUCAGUUUAAUUUUUUCCUGCUCUUUUGUAUCUUCAUGCGAGCAAGUGUUCCUUUCUCGCUUAUAUUGUAGCAAACCAACUGUACAGUUCACCAAUGCAUAUUUAAAAGUACAGUUCAGUAUAGUUGUGUUUUUUAACACUUGAAUAUAAGGGUAAGUGUAUAUCCUAUCAUUAUUAGGAAGCCCUUAAUGGGUUUGCCACAGUUACUCUUACCAAAGAUGAGACAUGUUAAUGUGGUGACCCAUUCAGUUAUUGGCCAAAUUCAACAGUACUUAGUGAUGUACUCAACAUUCUUAGUGCCACCAAUGACUCUUGUAGUUGAAAUCUUUAUGGAGUAUUCAACAUGUAGUUGCAGUGUAGUUAUUGGAGUAUUCUACCACUAUUUUGAGUGGUAGAAAAAAUAAUUCUGGUUUUCAUUUAAACAAUUUUUAUUUAAAAGCUACCGUAGUCUACUUAAAUUUUUUUUGAAGAUUAACAGCUUCUUUACAAGUUUCAAAUGUAAAUAUAUUGUGAGAUAAGCCUUGUAAACAUUGCCAACUGGUUUUUUUUUUAUUUUUAUUAUCUGUGAUAUCUAGUGUCUAACAGUUUUUAAUAGCUAAUAACUUUUAAAGAUUUCUAAAGUUGUAAUCUUAAGUGGAAAUCAUUUUUAGAUGAAACAUUAUUUCAUGUUGUGUCAAUGUAUGUUUGACUUGUUUUAACCUUGCCAUUGAAUAGGAAACUUAACUCUUCCAGAGGUGUGUGUGUGUGUGUGUGUGGCAUUUUGUGUGUGUGGUAUUUUGAGGUUAUCUUGAGAUGAUUUCCAGGGCUAGAGGUCUGGAGUGUCCAGUGUCCAAGCCAUUGUGUGUCCAGUGUUUUUAACAAGAUAGGAUACGGCUUGCAAAUAUUAUUGUAGUAAGGGCCAUAAUUCCCUCAAGUAUUUCAUGAUGUUGACUGUUUGAAUCUCUUGGAAAGUAUGAUCUUUACUUUAUUGAAACACAAGAUAUAAAGGCAUUACAAAUGUUACUUGUUUAUAUGUGCAUAAUUUUUGUUUACAUCUGUUUACAUGUAUACUUGGAGGGGGGUUCUGGGAGUUCUACUCCUUCCACUCUCAUUUCUCAGCAAUGAGGUGCAGAGAAUGAGGUUGACAUUCAUGGGGUGUUAAAUGUGCUCAUAGUUUUGUAUGAAAGAUAUGACAUUUACUUUGGAUGAGGUCUCCAUCCAUCGGGUAUGUAAUCAAUUUGUUGUUUCUAAGGAGGAUCUGUUUACUUUUACGUGAAUCCACCACCCUGUUAUGUGCUGUUGUUCCUCAAUUGUGGUGGAUGUUCUGUUUCCACUAAAACAGUUUAAAGUUAGUUUUUUUUCUGUUGCCACUAGCCCCAGAUGCUUUUGUCAAUUCUUCAGAAGUUGAAAAGCUUAGCGAGUUGUGUGAUUCUGUCACUUUCCUUGUGGCCAGUUAAGAACUGGUUCCUGACGUUCUUGUGGUGUCCCAACCAUACAUCUCUUCCUGCCCAUCUUACAUGAGACGGACCCCUGAUGUUGCACAAGCACCUAAAGGCUCUCCACCAAUCUCCUCAUGUGGAUUUUCUAGGACAUUUCUGUCUGCCUUUGUGGUGAGAGAGUGGAAAUACUUUUUACCUUGUGCUUUAGGAUUACUACUACUAGCCAGUAUGAGGUGUGGUUUUUCUUUCUGGUCCUGUUCUAAGAUCUUUCAUUUUCUAUUUUUAAUAAACAGCUCAUUCUCAAUACCUGUACUAUUAACUUCAUAUAGGGCUGCUUUAGCCGAGUUGUUUUAUCCUGCUUUUUAGUCUUGACUUUCCUAGUUUCCUGGUUCUUUAGCUUUGGAGGGGGUUCUUUCAUGUUAGUUUUUUUCCACCUUCCAUUGAAAUUUUGAACCCACUUGCAUCUUCGAUAAGAUGCUGGUCUCCCUUCCUCUAUUUUGUUAGUGAGCCUCACACACUGACUCUUGGGGUUCAUUUCCUUUGGUUGUGUCAAUAUUCAUGUAUCCAUUUUGGAAAAGUCAUCUUGGUUCAAGCUGGGAUACUGUAUCUUUCAGUAUAUCAAACACAUGUCCUUUGGGUUCUGUGUGCAGGUAUCUCCUGAAAGCUCAGUACUCCUCUGUAGAUUCUCUUAACUUGAAUCCUCCCAGGAAGGUGGUCUGCUCCUAAGGCUCAUAUCCUAGUUGCUUCAAGGAUUGGCUAAGCUGAGAAAUUGCAAGGUGCAUCUUGGGGUUUAUCUCAAUGUGCUUGCCACAAUAAAGGCAUGCUUCUCAGUGAUGCCUUGUGCUGACAACAGAGGUUUGGGGGGCUUUAUAAGUCAAUGCAAAUGUUUGCCUGUAGGUACCUUCUCAGGGUUGCCCCAUGUGACUGAUGUGUGUGCGUGUGCCAUCUGGGGUUGAUCUCUCUUGAUGGUUAUCUUGAUCGUCUUUUGAUUUGCAAACAUUUUGACACCAAUUUGUAGUUAAUACCCAAAAGUAACUUAAAAUCUAAAAACAAAAAAAGAGCAUAAACAUUUUAGGCAUUGGUGAGCAAGGCCUUGAGAGGCCCGGAAUUACGGUCAAGCAUGUGGUGAGGUGUCAGACUGCUAAAGUGUUAAAGAGUAUAAGAAAAUAAUAGUACAGUACAAGGAAUGGAAAUGUGUAUUGUUCCCUGGCAUUAUAAUGGAUAAUCAGCUUAUUUCAAGCUUUAGACCACACUUUGAAAUGUAUCUACAGGUACUAUUGAGAAUCCUGCUCUUAUGCUCUGCCUCAAUAAUUCAUCAUCCAAUGUGAUGCAUUGGUCUGUUUGAAUUUCCAUCUGUAUGGAACUCUCAUACAUUUGUAUAGACUUCAAAUGCAUUUGAAUUUGUAUUUGUUUCUUGAAGCUUGCUUCCACCUGCUUGUGUGUGCAUUUCACACCUGUACCACCUCACUGUACAAAAAUUCCUUCUUUGCCUUUGCACUUAAGUUUGAGGUAACCAUUGGAAAGUUUGAGGUAACCAUUGGAGAUUUGUUUCACUAAAACACACAGUACCACACUGAUGCAGUGUAUAUUGCAUUCUUUAUCAUUUGUGCAAAACAAUUAUGUUAGUAGUUUUUCUAGUGUUUGAAGUGUGAUCUCUGAAUAAUGUGUUAAAUGAAGUGAGAUGAAUAAUAGUACAUUUUUAUUAGCAGAACAGUAGUCAUGGCAAAGGUAUACAGUUAAGUUUGUUUCUUAGCAUCAAAUUACAUGCUUCUGAAAAAUGCGUACCCAUUGUUAUUUAGAAGUGAUAUUUGUUCAAUAUGUUGAAAGUAUUAUUUAAUCCUUUCAAAAGAUAAUUACCUAUAUUUUUUUAUGAAUGUACUGUACUCAUAAACUCUGUGUAUCCAUUAAUUUCUUGCACGUCAGGUAUGUACAUUUAUAAAUGCUUUGUCAUGA